AAGCAGUAGCAUUUAUUACAGGGAUUCUUCUCUAUACUGUCCUGACUUUGCUUUUCCAAUGAGGACAUGCUCUUGCACCUGCCUCACACUGACAGGUUACUGGAAGCAACAAGCAGCUCUAAAGCCAAAAUGCAGAAAUCUACAAACAGAGCAGAUUGCCACCACAAUGGUACAAGCAGCGUCUUCACCCUCCCUCCUCCACCACUCCCCACCUAUUUCAGCCUUUUUCCUUCUGAGUUUCUGACUUGUUUUCAGUGAAUCCCUGCUAAGACAAAACCACCUUCCCAGCAGCUGUAUCAGCAGCUCCACCUGGAAACCUCUCACUGCAGGUCUGCAGCAACAAACCCGGAGAAACCUCAUUGGAGGCUCUAAGUCCUUCUGCAGUGGCACCAGCCACCUUGAGGAAGCAGGGGCUCAUCUACGAGAUCUGGAUUUGUGACAGGCAAAGCUGCUGGAAGCUUCAGCGAGGGAUGUUUGAACCUCCAAGACACAAGCUGUUCCUUUUCCCACAUCUGCUGGGUGACUCGCAUGGUUCCCAAUCUCCAUCCAGUGAGUAGUCAGCACCCAUGGCUGUGGAGGCGAAUGCGUGGUGUGCUCCUCUAACUGCUUCCUAAGUGGCUUAGGGAAAAGUUAAUUUGCUUUAGGAGUCUAGUUUCCCUCUAGAGAAGGCGGCUGUGUUCUCUGGUGGUCUGGAAGGCAGUGUCAGCCCGUUUUACGGCUCCUCUGGGUUGCACCCAGUUGCUGGAAAAGGCUUUCAGCUUCAUUUUCAAAACACUCUAGUCCAUCCACUGUUUCAUCUUCUCAUGCUCUUUUACAAUCCUGUGCGACUACAGCCAGCCUGGCGAUCAGUCCUGCUCAUUCUGACACCAGUUUGCCAUGGGAAAUUCUCUUAAAAUGAGCAAUUCUCUAUUAGCAAGAAUUGUUGUGGUUUUUUGUUUGUUUGUUUUCCCCUGUUUACUUUGACCAUAUAGAUUCUUUAUUACUACUCUCAAUGGAAACAAGUUUAGAAGAUGCAGGUCUGACAGAUACCUGAUUUUUCAUGUUUUAUCUAUGAAUCACAUAUACGUGGUGUUCAAAUAUGUCCUUUUCGUCCAGAGGCUGUUGGUAAGUUAUUCUGGGAAGACGUUUGUUGUCUCCUGUUGCGCUGGUCCUGGAUGGAGCAGGAUGCUCAGGAUGCGGAACACGAUGUCUGAGGUCUGCGGGGGUGAUGAAGGCCGAGGGCUGGGAUCUUUGUGCUUUAUCUUUGGGUGGUGCAGGCUGGAAAACCAUCCUUGGCAGGGCUGUUGGGAGCGCUUGGAGUGCCCUCGUGUGCUGAGCCUCCGGCUGAAGCAACAAUUCUCCACAAUUUCUGAAAUGUGUCAUCCUUCUCCAUCCCACCUUCUGCCCCCUCAUCCCUGUUUCUUCACAGCCAGCGUGGAAACCUCCUUCUUCGUCUUUCAGCUCUGCUUGUAGAAAUAUGCUACAUUUCACCACGAGGUCUGGCAUAUGGCAAAGCUUGUCACUAUUUUGGAGUCCAAACCAGAUUCUGUCACCUCAUCACAAACAGCAGCUACUGCUGUGGAAAUCCUUCCCACCAAGGCACUUUUGCCUUUUCAAGGGCUGCUGGGAGGGGUGGAAGGAGGUUACUCUGCUCCUGCCCUCAUCAGAAGAUCUAAAAAAUACAAGGUAUUUUAUUCAUCGUUAUAAUUAAGUAUUAUUAUACAUUCCCUUGUAUUAUUGCUGCUGCUGGUUGAGGUGCGAAAGACACAGAGAGGUUUGUGCAGUGGCUUCUCUUAAGGAAAAUUAGGAAUAAUGAGUGUGGGAGAAAGAUGAAUGGGAGAUGCAAACCCAACGUGCAUCUCGUUGCCUCCGCAGCUUGUCUCUGAGCAUGCUGAGGUGUGAAAUGAGCCCCAAACCACAAUUUGCUCCUCAUACCACCUCUCGCCUGUGGUUGAACGGAGAGCUGUAUUUCUAGGAUAGUUAAUUUUCACCUUGCGUGGGCAUGAAGUGCCUGUUCCAAAGAAAUCAGUGGGAAUCUUUCCUCUGACUUUAGUGUUGAUCCGAAGUCCUGUGCAUGUAGUUUAUAUGUCAGAAAAAAAGCCAGUUCUCUCCAUCCCCACUGCUUUUUAAUUUUGUAAAUGCUAUAAAUUCCCAACAGGGUUUGAGUCCAACACACACACAGAUCAUUUUGUUCCUAGAUUUUUUGCUUCUUCUGAGGAUUUUCAGCUUGCAGCAUGCAUUUCUUUACAGCACUGUGACUUUAAGUGCCAUAACCUUGCUUUAUUACAAAACAUUUAUUUGCAGUGCAAAGAAGAAUCUGGGUUAAAGGAAAAUAGGUGUUUCAGUUUCCUUAUUUCCAAGGGGUGUUGCAAUACCUCCCAGUGUACAAUGACUUGCAAAGGAGUCUGCGGCACUGUGUGUCAAUGUUGGGCCACAGAGGAGCAGGACCAGGUUCUUUGCUAAAUAAAAUUUAAAUACAAUUUUAUAUAAAAUAAAAUAAAAUAAAAUAAAAUAAAAUAAAAUUUAAAAAGUAAAAUUUCUGCUGUUGUAGAGAUCUAUAAGCCCUUUAUCUCCUAAGAUGCUUCUUAACGUGGGUAGUUUCAGGCUGACUGGAUUUCACAGUAUUAAAACAGAUAAUGAUUGCAGUGUUUAUUAUGGAAUAAUAAGCUUAGGCCAAAAGCUUUUCCCAAUGCAAAGCACUUUGCCUUGGACAAGCUGUGUCUCACAGUGAGAUAUCGCCAUCUCCUGGGCAGGUGCAGCUGGAACACAGACUUUGGUUAUUAAUAAAACCUCCAGUAAUUAAAAGCCUGGUAGUGACCUGGCAAGAGCUGAGUCUGUAUGUCGGUAUUUUAGUUGAUGCUAUUCAGACGUACAUCUUAAUACACACAAGGGCACAAUCCGACUCAGAAAUCAGAAGCGCAGCUUAGUAUCUCUUUGUGUACAAAUGGUUGUAGUUACCAGGUUGAUGUCCCUUAAAUAUUACAACCUCUGAGUCAUUUCUUCUCCAGUUAUGAGACUGGAAAAGUUUAAAUGUAAUUACAUUUGGGAUUAUUGUCGUUUACUUCCUAGAGUCUGAGCCUUUUUAACACAAGGCUCAGAACUGGCUUUUUAAAAAUGAAAUAUGUGAUUUUCUGCAAUCACAGGAUUUUAAGAGAUUAAAAGUACUAACUAUACUAAAUCUCAUGGCAAAACGAUGAGGUUGGCAAUAUUGGAGCCUGACUUGCUGCUUGGUACUAUAUUUCCCUUUUUAAAAAGAUGUGUAGGCAUAAGCUCUUGAUUUUAAUUAAAUGUUGUCUUUCAGAAGGGAAAGUGGCAGGCGUAUGGAGCCAGAGAGACCCUCUGUGAAAUAAUUAGAUGAAAACUGACAAUAUUUGGCUUAAUCCACAGUGCUGGCUUAAAGGUUCUAAGGAAACAACACCUGCCCUUUGCAGAUUAAUAGGCUGCUGCUGUGUUAGUGAUCCCGGCAAACACCUUUGGUAAAUGUUGCCUGUUCUCAUAGCAAAAGAAACUUCCUAAAACUUGUCAGCCAGCCAAGGCAAUUUUAUUUGUCUGUGGAACGUUAUGGGAACUUUACAUAUAUGAGAAUAAUUGCACUCGAUCCAAGUACAACUGCAGCUGUGAGACCAAACCUUAUCUGAUUUGUAAAGAAAAAUUAAAAGAAAUAACUGUGAAUAUUAGAAUGAAUUUUUAAACAGUGAUAAUUUGCAAUUUUUGAUCAAGGUUUGAACUUGAGACAUUUGGCCUCUCUGGGCCCCCACACAAUACAGAGCUCAGAUGUUUUAACCCCUGUGCUCAGGGUGGUCCAAUUCUGUUGUCUCCUCCAGCGCAUCUUUCUCCAGGUGAGAUGUUGCCAACUCACCUUUCCUGUCUCCUCCUUAUUUUGGCUCCAUAAAUGCAAUUUAGCUUCUGAAUUGCACCCACCAGAAGCCCGAAAGGGCCCUCAACUCUUUAAAUUGUUCAGAAAAUCCAAUUAAAGUUGGAUGUUCAUAUAAAGUCACUCUGACAGUUCAUCUCCUUGCCAUCAUAUUGUCCAAAAUGCAACUUUCUAGUCCACAGUAUGAGUAUUUUUAAAAGGUAAAUUACAGCUUACAACUAUUUAUAGAGGCCCCUGUGAUUUCUAGCAGAUUAUUUCACAGGCAAAUAUUUAGUCUGAGAGAAGGAAAUAUUUUGAAUGAGGUAUCUAUUUAGAUAUAAUCAGUUAUAAAUGUAUACAUAAACCUGCUCAUUUGUGACAUGCUAUUGGCAUGAUGGACUUCUUUUGGGAUUAUUUUGAUCUCAGAAUAAUUAAAUACUGGGAUGUACAUCACAAAGGAAAGCAGCACAUUACCUCAGAGGUGGCAGGUACUAUCUCAUGGUUUUCCUAUAUGAAACAUGAAAAAGGAGAUUUCAGCCAGAAAAUAUAAUUUCCAGGAAGCUGCAAUAAAGCAACUGUUGCUCUAUAUGUCCUGCAAAUAGUGACGGUAGAGACCUUUCUGUGCUUUUUUAAGGUCUGUGCAAUAUAUGCAGUUUUUCCUAUUUAUUUUAGCACCUAAGCCUGUGAAUACAAGAAUCUUCAUAUUUGUGGAUAGGAGAUAAGUUUCUGCAUUGGCAGAUAUUCUUCAGGUGAAGUACUUGCACUGCAUUAUGAUUUUAAACUAAAGGAGGGAGAUUCAGGCUGGACAUGAGGAAGGAAUUGUUGUCCCUGAGGGUGGUGAGAGCCUGGCCCAGGUUGGCCAGAGAGGUGGUAGAUGAACCAUCCCUGGAGACAUCCCAGGCCAGGCUGGACGGGGCUCUGAGCAACCUGAGCUGGUGAAGAUGUCCCUGCUCAUGGCAGGGGGGGCACUGGGGGAGCUGGGAACAUCCCCUCAACCCAAACUAUUCUGUGAUUCUAUAACUGUGUAUCGCUUCUCUACUUUUAUCAGUAGUCAUUCUGCUGAGAAAGCUCUUGCUUCUGCUGCAUUCAGCCGGUUCCCAUCAAUACCAAGAGCAGAAUGGGGACCUGGAAACCUGUUGUCCAUUGCUGGGGACACGUGCCACCAAGGUGGUCCCAGAGGGUGGCCCUCAGGGGUUCCUGGGCUGGUUUGACACCCUCAGCCGCAGUGUGCAGCUGACACCCCUCACCCCAGAGGGACAACCAGCACCUCAGCACACCCUCCAGCAAAUAUUGUCUGUGCUGAGUGAUGGACCAGAGACAAGGAGGGUACGAGUCCCACCUCUUGCUAUGAGCACAGGCACAGCUAUUGAGGCCUAUUUUGUUUCUUAACCACACUGAAGAAAACCAGCAGUUCACCAGAUCUGCAGGGUUUGUGUGACAUCCCCGAGCCCUGCACACAAAGGGACACCAGGGUGAAAAAGGGGAGCCAGGUAAUUUUAUCACGUUUUUACCUUUGACCAUCUAGAGUUUCCAGACGAGCACAAUGGACGUGGUUCUUAGUGGAGACCAGAGGCACUUGGAGGUCCUGACAAAGGGGAUCGGUGCCCUGGAGUGCUGUGAUGCACGGAGACCUGCGUUUAUUUGCAGGGUCAUUUUCCACUCCUAAAAGGACUUGAAAACAUCAGCAUCGUGGGAGUUCAGCCUGAUGAGCUACAACAACUCAUGUGCUGUAAUUCGGUCUCUCGCAGAAAAUGGCAGGAAUUUUAAUGGCCCACGUGAAUAAUUUGUAUCAGGAAAAUGUGGAUCCAGAUCCCCCGAAUAAACAGGAUGAUUAAUCUAACGCUAAGUCUUCAUUUACACUCUCAACCCAUGAGUUUCCCCAACUGCUUCAGUAACUCAAUAAGCACUGUAUAAUUCAAAACCCUGCAGUUGUCACAUAAUCUAAUAAUACUAUUUCAGACUGCUACCAGUCAAGCUAUUCAGAAAAAUACGCUAACGCAAGAUUAAAGCUGUUUUUCUUGCUUUAGCUUUAGUGUGCAGCAAAUAUGGCAUUAAAUUGAAGUCUGUAAGAGUGUAGCUUUGGUGAAUAUGGAGGCAACACUGUAAAAUGCAGUAAUCUUCAUUAAAAUGGUUAAUUUUCCCCUGUUGAAUACUUCUGUUGCUAACAAAAAGUCCUGAGUUAAGACCGAAUUAAGGGUUUCAUUAUAAGUGAUUUGGUUGCCUUUUAUCUUCAUUUCUUGUCAGAAAUGUAACUGCUGAAGACACAAGUAUUUUGAACUUCAGUUUAAAACAUUGAGUCCAAUUGUGGUGUUGAAAAGGGUGAUUAAUUUUUGAAAAAGAACUGUUUUAAUUGAGGGUCCAGCUCUGUUUUCAACAGCAGAAAUGAGCAUCAGCGAGAGCUGGUGCAUGUUCCACCGUGUCCCACACGAGGACUGAGCAUCACGCUGCCAAACUCAUUGAUUUCUCUGAAACAGCCUGAAAAGUGAAUCAAUCUAGUCCGCUAUGCUUAGUAAUAGACUUUUCUUAAUCAACUUGUUGCCGAAAGCUGGAGACUAUUGCGCGGGAAAAGGUGGUCGCAAAUAAAUCACGGAGGAUUACAAUUCUCUCCAUUGAAGGAGAAUCGAUGGUUUUCUCCAUUCUGCCUGAAACAAGCAGCUUUUCUUGUCCGGCAGCCGAGCUUGGAGCGUGCUGGGAGGUUCUCAUUGGCCACAGGAGCAGCUGUUACACAAAUAAAACCGAUUCUCUCCGAAAAAGAAGAUUGUCUUUCUCCAAGUGCCAUUGAGGAGGGGACCGUUUGUAAGCUGCCAACAUGUGGAGCUCACCAGGGCCCAUCUCGACGUUUGUGCUGCUGGUUGUUGCUGCCGUGCACGCGGGAGUGAAGGUGACCCCAGAUGUCAAGUACACGAAGACGAAGCCCGUGCAGCUGGCGGGUGACGGUGCCUCUCACACCCCUCCCACUCCCUUCGCGGGAAAAAGCCCGUUCCCAGCAGCACCGGCCAGAGCCGAGUUCUCCACCCCAAGCCCCGUGGCCCGAGGGGCCACCACACUCUUCCCCAUUGAGAACUACACUCUCGACACGACUGAUUUCUUCUUCAACUGCUGUGACUGCUGCCCACCCACUGCGGGGCCGCGAGGGCGGCCGGGGGAGCAGGGACCACCAGGUCCCAAGGGGGAGAAGGGAGACGCUGGUUUGCAAGGUCUGCCAGGAGCCCCCGGUCCUCAAGGUCCUAAAGGUUCCAAAGGAGAAAGAGGAGGCAAAGGAGAGCAAGGCGAGCGAGGAUUGAGUGGAAACCCCGGGUAUCCAGGCAAACCUGGGCUGCAAGGUGAAGCUGGAGCAAAAGGCAAUAAGGGCAACUACGGCUUCCCUGGACUGAAGGGACAAAAGGGCUCCAAAGGGGACACUUGUGAGAAUGGCACCAAAGGAGACAAGGGAGAUAGGGGGGAUGUCGGGGGUCCCGGAGUGGCCGGAGAACAGGGUGACAAGGGGGAAAAGGGUGACACAGGGGACAAGGGGUAUUGUGGGGAGCCGGGGGGGAGAGGCGCAAAGGGGGAGAGAGGAGAAGCGGGGACAAAGGGAGAGAAAGGCAGCAAAGGGGAGAUGGGGGCUGAGGGUGUUCAGGGGGCAGAUGGAAAACAGGGAGAGAAGGGUGAGCGAGGAAAUAAGGGUGAAAAAGGGGACCUGGGACCCGCCGGUGCGAUGGGACCUUCUGGGCCCAAGGGGGUUGCCGGCAGCAAGGGGGGCCGAGGGGCCCCGGGAAAGAAAGGCUCCCGUGGGGCGAAAGGUGCCCGGGGGGACACAGCAAAGCUCCUACGAUCAGCCUUCAGCGCCGGCUUGUCCAAGCCCUUCCCUCCGCCCAACGUCCCCAUUCGGUUUGACAAGAUCUUGUACAACGACCAAGCAGAUUACAACCCUUCCACCGGCAAAUUCAACUGCAGCGUGCCCGGGGCGUACGUCUUCUCCUACCACCUCACCGUCCGAGGGCGGCCGGCCCGCGUCAGCCUGGUUGCCCAGAGCAGGAAGGUGGCCAAAGCCCGGGAGACGCUCUACGGCCAGGAGAUCGACCAGGCGUCUUUCCUGACCGUCCUCAAGCUGAGCGCAGGUGACCAGGUGUGGCUGGAGGUUGCACGGGACUGGAACGGGGUCUACGUCAGCGCUGAGGAUGACAGCAUCUUCACAGGGUUUCUUCUAUAUCCAGAUGUUUUUGAGAUCCUGCUAUAGAUUUAAAGGGUAAAGGCAUUACUGAGAAAUGUGCCUUUCCCUCCGCCUGCAAGAGGAGAAAUAAUCAUCACUUUAACACAUUUAGUUGCAACAUUUCAUGAUGUUUUAACAAAAAUAUUUAUAUUUGCAAAAUAUAAAUCACAGUAUCACAGUAUGUUUGGGAUUGGAAGGGACCUCAAAAGAUCAUCUAGUCCAAUCCCCCAAAUCAUCUAGUCCAUCAUCUAGUCCAAUCCCCCAAAAUCAGUCUUAACUAGCAGCCCCAAGGAGCGGUGUGUCCUUUGUGCAGGUGGGUGAUAACUGAGGGAAACAAUUGUCCAAAAUGCAGCAGCACCGGCACGUGAACGGUGUUUCUCAUAACAGACUUCAGCUUUGCAAUUAGCCUCUUCAAAUUAUGUAGCAAAAGUCAUUGUCUGACAGCAAUUUUAAUCAGGCCAGCUCCUGCAAUCUUUGCAAGUUCAAAACUCCGCUGGAAAUCGCUACUGAGAACCAUUGGUUUUGGUAAAGAUCGCAGAGUUUGAUUUAUAGAGCUUAAUCAGGUGUGAACAUGAGGAGUAGGUUUCUUGAGAUCACGUGAAAUAUUUAUUUUAUCCAGUACUUUAGACUUGGUCAUGAGUUAUAUCAAAGUUUGUCUAAAAGAGUAUUAGAGCUACUUGAUCAAUGCAAAAAGCCUCACAAUCUUUGUCCUUAGGCAAAAAUAUAUCUGAAACUUCCAAAAAUAACUGAGAGAUGCGUAAUCCACCCCAUCAGGGUACUGGGAACCCCCCAUCUCUGAGCUGCUGAUGAUUCAGCUGAUGCUGCGAGGAGGAGGAGGGGGAGGCAGGAUUGGCUUUGGCAUUUGCCCGAGUCCCCAGUUGUGAUGGCCCAGGGAACGUGUGGGCACACUUUGGAAAAUCCAGUUUACCAAACUGGAACUGAAUCUUGUAAAAUAAACCUACGAUGUUAAAUAAUCUCUGCAUGUGAGAUUUGAUAUAUUUCCUUAUUGAUGCAGCUUUUCUCAUCGUAGUAACUUUACACCACCUUUAGUAUAUGAACUAUGGCACGCAAAAUUGUUCCGAUUACUCCUUUUUUUUUAGAAAUAAAACUCAAAUCUCAUAAUUA